GUUACGUAAUACUGUUUUGGAUUUGUUAAAUUUUUUUUUUAGUGCCAAUUUAAUUGUGUGAUUCGUCAGUUCCGUUCUUCUGAGGAAUAGUAUAAAAGGAGAUGCGAAGUGAUGCGGUAGCCAGAGAACGGUAAGAUGCGUUCUUUUGUGGUAGCAGUCGCUGUUGCGGCGUGUUUGGUGGUUUUAUCCACGGCAGAAAGGGUUGAGGAUGAGGUUUUGACGAGGUUCGAAGUUAAGGGUGAUUCCGAUGAUCUGGUUAGGGUUAAGAGGAUGGCGUACGGCCGUUAUGGUGGAGGAGGCGGAUUUGGAGGUGGAUUUGGAGGAGGCGGUGGAUUAGGAGGAGGCGGAGGAUUGGGAGGAGGCGGAGGCG